AUGCAAUUUGAGGGGAAUAUUUUGCUGUUUUACACGUCGACCUUUGGCCGUGCCUUCUUCCGACGUGCCAUGUCGCUCGCGUUCUUGGCCAAGAAGAGCUGGCACACGUCGAACCUCAGCAACGUUGAGAAGGUAUGGAAAGCAGAGCAAAAGGCUGCUCUUGAGGAAAAGAAGCUUGCGGAAUGGAAGAAGAAUGUGGAAGAAGAACGGCAACUGAAGGAGUUGCGCGAGCUUCAAGCAAAGGCUUCCGGCACCAAAGCGAACACGACGGAGCGGGUCGAUUGGAUGUAUGAAGGGCCCAUGGCAGCUUCUCAACGUGAAAAGACUGCGGAAGAGUACCUGCUUGGCAAGGAGUACGAGGAAAAACCUGAAGACAACGAGCUGAAGAAACUGUCCUCGCAACCAGGGUCACUGUACAUGCAGAGUGGGCCAGGAACAGCAAACGAUGCGUUUUCCCGCCUCAACGAGGAUCCCAUGAUGUUUAUCAAGUUCGGCCAUCAUGAUCAUGCUCCUUUCCCCUCACACACACCUGCAUGUAGGAAACAGCAGAAAGCUACCCAACUUAGCAUCAUGAAGAACCCCAUGAAGAUGAAGCGUAUCAAAGAAAAGGUGGAGCAAGAACUGAAGGAGCGAAAAGCAGAAAAGAAAGCGAAAAAGGAAGCAAAAAAGGCUAAAAAAGCGUCCAAAAAGGACAAAAAACGUCGUGGCAGCGACGAUAACGAUGCCUCGAGCAGCAAACACAGCCGCCGCUCGACUUCUGCAGAUCACCGUCACCAUGUCGACCAUACGGACCGUUUACGCCACCACAGCAGCCACGACACCAAACGAGAUCGAAGCGCCAGUCCCCCCAGGAGCUAUCGUAGUGGUGACGGCCACCGUGGCUCUCCAAGAGGCCGUUCAAGGGAUCGCUCACCUGGACGCAGUCGCCCUCGGCAUGAGAGUCCCACUCGGCAAGACCAUCCCGUGCCGUUGAAGGGAUAUGGUGUCCUUGGGGCCGAAAACGCUCGAAAGUGUCGCGACAUUGAUACGUCAAGCCUUGGUCCGUCUCGUAAAUUUUUGGACCAAGCGAAGGAGAAACGGCAGCGAGAAGAAGAUGAGAAGCAAGAGCGAUUCAAGCGUGCGCGGGCCGCAACGGAUGUUGCGACGAAGGCGGACAGGGAAGCUCGUCUGCAAGCGAUGUUGGAGGACGCCAAACGACGUGAAAGAGCCUUGGAUGCUCGACUGCGCAAGUCGGAGAGCGACAAGAGGCGCGAAAAUGACGGCGACGGUGAAGCCAGUGCGACCCAGCAAAACCCAACUUUCUUGAAGGACUUGCAUGAUGCCGCGUACGUCCAUUCGAACGACUCGAUGGAGGAGCGGCUGCAACGCAACAAGCACUACAUUCAACGAAAUGCCGACAGCAAGAACUUCAUGCAGCGAUAGAGACUGAACGUCGACUUAAUUCCACCACUUUCUAACUCC